AUGCCACCUCUGCUAGACGCUGUUAAAUUCCUCCUCUCCAAAAUCCCCUUGGCUCUUAAGACAACCUUUUCUCACAUCUUCGGAUGGAGUCCAACGUCUCAGAAAUGGGAUCUUCGCACUGCACUGACAGUAACCGUACUCCGAGAUAUCCUCUGCAACUCUCCCCCUUCAACUAUCACCGAGCAGCAACAAGCCACCAUGCACGAUCCCGGCGUCAAGGGAAACAUGUGGAUUAGCAGAGUCACUAUACCCCCAGAGAACGCCCUUAGAGAUGUCUUGUUUACCGCAAUUCGAUCGCUAGGGACAAGGACAGAAGAGUUCUCAAAACCCUUAUCCGAACCCAUUACAGCGGAAUGGACGGGUCAUCGGGCUAAUGCGUCGGCGAAGACAUCAGAGCCAGCGAUAUCCGAGGCUGAAAAGUUCCGCUGCUUGAUGGGGGAGGUUAAAAGUGACGUGACAGUGCUAUAUUUCCACGGUGGCUCUUAUUAUCUCAUGGACCCGUGCACACAUAGAGAGACUGUUGCCGGGUAUGCGAAACUCACUCAAGGCCGUGCGCUCUCCGUGCGAUAUCGUCUUGCACCGCAGGAUCCCUUUCCAGCUGCCCUCCUCGACGCUUUGACUGUGUAUCUAUCGCUCUUGUAUCCUCCUGAAAACGCAUUCCAUAACCCAGUCCCACCCUCUCACAUCGUGCUAGCCGGCGACUCGGCAGGCGGCAACCUCUCAACCGUCCUUCUACAAACAAUACUCCACCUCCAUAGAACCGCACCACCUAGUACACUCCCAACUGUCCCAUUCCAUGGCAAACAUGUCCCUAUCCCCCUUCCCGCUGGCAUCGCCCUAAACUCGCCAUCCCUAGACCUAACCCGCAGCAUGCACAACACCGAAAUAGGUACCCGAUACGACUACCUCCCCCCGCCCUCCUUGAACCCAGCAAAUUCUCCACCAUGCACUAUCUGGCCUGCUGAUCCACCCCGCGCGGACCUGUUCUGUGAAGGAAACUCCCUCUGUCAUCCUCUUGUCUCGCCGGUCCUGGCGGACUGGACUGGUGCUCCGCCGAUGUAUAUUUCUUGUGGGCAGGAGCUGGUUGCAGAUGAGUGUUGUUUUCUUGCGCAGAGUGCUGCGAGGAAGGGGGUUAUGGUGGUUUGGGAGCAGUAUGAGGCCAUGCCGCAUUGCUUUGCGCAGAUUUUGGCUGGGACGAGAGUUUCGGAGAGGGCUUUGGAGGGGUUCGCGCGGUUUAUUAGGGAUGUUGUGAGGGCUCCUGGGUCUAUCAAAACGCAUGGGGAGUUUGUUGAGGCGAAGACGUUGAGGAGCUUGGCUGUUGAUGUGCGGAACCUCAUUGAUUUGGAUCUGGAUGAGGUUAGGAGGAAGGCGUAUUGCACGCGAGAUAACAUUGUGCGUGAGUUUAAGGGUAGAAGGUAG